AUGGAUUUGUCUACACUUUCAGAUACGUCGGGGACGGAUACUUUGGGUUUGCGCAUCUCUUCCUCGAUCUUGUCGCUUGGCGUCUUGCAGAGCUCAGUCUCGACCACCCCGAUGAAUCCCAUCGACAUGAAGUGGGAGCAUGAAGGCGAGACACUCGGAAAACCUUCAGGUAUAUGUUCUCGCACAUUCGCCAAAGGACCUCCAUCCAAUCUUGGUGACGCCAUACCUGCCAAGUUGGGCAAGCAUCCCCGACGCACCAAAGUAACGAUGAACGGUUCUGCAGCGUGGCGCUCGCCGCGUCUGCUCGGGAGCCUCCAGCGGAAAUCAAAUUUCGUCGAUAGACUUGUCGGUAAGCUUGAUUGUUGCGUCUCCUUCGGCAUCCGUGCCAUGCCCCACACCCCGCUAAAUCUCUCAUUUCGUCCUGGAGACUUAACAUCGCAAAUCGUGGAACAUACCUGGCCGCUUUCCGCUGCAACAUCGCAUAGUUAUGCAGCCGGUAGUUCUAUUACCGUUUUCCCCUUGCGUAUAUUCAUCCAGGAAGUCCUUCGUCGCGCACGUACUAGCUACUCGACCCUCCGCCUGGCGUUAUAUUACAUGAUUAAGAUUAAGCCCAAGCUGCUGCAUGACUUGAACCAGGGACAGUCUCGGGGUCAGUCGCGUAUGUGGGCCAGGCAGUGUGGCCGCCGCAUGUUCUUGACGGCUCUGAUUCUGGCUUCCAAGUAUUUGCAAGACGAUAGCUAUUCCAACCGCACAUGGAGCAAAAUCUCCGGCUUCGAAAUAUCGGAGAUUAACAACGAUGAGUUACUGUUUCUUGACGCAAUUUGUUGGCGUCUGCACGUCUGUGAAGCUACCUUCCGGCGUUGGACCAAUCUCGUCCUGAAGUUGACCCUUAGUGCUAGCGACCUCCCUUGUAGACUUGAAUAUAUCAUCCACUAG